AUGCCCAGGUUUAACGUGAAGGACGUGGCGCUGCCCGAGUUCACGCUCACCCCGGAGCGCCAGGCUGCGCUGCUGGCCGAGGUGGAUGCAGUCGUGAGCAACACGCUGGAGCUCCGCAGUGCCUUUGCCGCGGGCGGCCGCCAGCUCGACACCACUGCGUGGAAGCUCGUCAAGACCAUGGACGACGUCCGCGCCUACCGUUCGCGUCGCGCGUUGCACGGCGUGGCCGAGAUCACCGACUCGCGGGCCGACACGGCCGACGCGAUCUCGUCCUCGUCCUCGUCUCACUCCAACUCGCAGCGAUCCACCAUGGACAAGAUCGCCAGCUUAGUAUCGUCGUCCACCUCAUCCGGUAGCGAGUACCAGCAGCGCAAGCCCAGGAAGACAGCGCGGCCGCCCGCCGUGGUCAUCUCCGGUGUCAUUGACGGCACGGCAGAAGACGCCGCGCUCGGCAUGCUGGCCGACACGGAGAUGAACGCCAAGAUGCGCGAGUCGUACCUCGGCACGGAGCUCGAAGACGCCCGUCUGCUCGCUGUGCUCGUGCGCCCGACGCCCGAGAACCCGCUCAACUUCAUCGGUCUCAAGUGGGGGAUGCAGACCUACGGCCGCUUCAGCCAGGCGCGCGACUUCCUCUUCCUCGAGGGCUCCGGCCUCACGACAGACGCGAACGGCGAGGUGGUCGCCUAUGGUAUCCGGCAGUCUGUCGACUUGUCCGACAUCCUCAAGCUCCCGCGUCCGCCCAACACCAUCCGCGGCAACAUGUCCGGCUGCCAAACAUUCGGCAACACCGUCCACCUCAACAGCUCGGGCCACCGGACAGUCGAGAUGUUCUCGCGCGCGUUUCUCGAGAUGGACGGCGACCUUCCUGUGACCGUGGCGGCCGCCGCAUAUGCGGAGGCGCUCAUGGCCCUGGCCUCGAGCAUGGAGUGCGCCAACGGCCACAAGCUCACGUGGAUGAUGAAGCAGGCCACGCGACAGGUGCGGCCGGGCACCGGCAGCGUCCUCGGCCGCGUGGUCUCCAGUAACCACUGCGCCAACUGCACGCGCAGCCUCAGCAGGUUCAGCACGAUGGUGCUGCAGCGCGGAGGCACGUGCCAGAUCUGCCGUCGCAUGCUCUGUGGCAAGUGCUCCGUGAACAAAAAGAUCUGCGUGGGGCUGGGGAGCGAGGUGAUGCAGAAGUCCAUGCUCUUCUGCCUCGAGUGCCUGUUGGAGGCCAAGUCGCUCCCCGCACGGAAUGUGGCGCUGGACAAGCUGAACUGGUAG